UAUUGUCUGUCGAGUUCAUUCGUUCUGCAGCUUUCGAAUACUCAAAUAAAUUUUUAGUUUUUCCUUAUUUUUUUAUAAAUAAUUUUGAGUUGCUGUUUUUCAACUUGAUAAGCCGGUAAAGAUGUCUGAACCAAUUCGUGUUGUUGUUACUGGAGCUGCUGGUCAAAUUGCUUACUCACUUCUCUACAUCAUUGCAAAUGGCGAAGUGUUCGGAAAAGAUCAAAAACUUGUGUUAACACUUCUUGAUAUUCCACCAAUGAUGGGUGUCCUUGAAGGUGUCGUCAUGGAGCUUCAUGAUUGUGCAUUUCCACUCUUGACUGAAGUCAUUCCAACUGCCGACCCAGCUGUUGCAUUCAAAGAUGUUUCUGCUGCUUUCUUAGUCGGUGCUAUGCCACGUCGUGAAGGAAUGGAACGCAAAGAUUUAUUGUCAGCAAAUGUUAAAAUCUUUAAAGUUCAAGGCGAGGCACUCAACAACCAUGCAAAGAAAGAUGUUAAAGUUCUUGUUGUUGGCAAUCCAGCAAACACCAACGCACUCAUUUGUUCCCACUUCGCACCAUCAAUUCCAAAGGAAAAUUUCACUGCCAUGACACGUCUCGAUCAAAAUCGUGCACGUGCACAAAUUGCCCAACGACUUGGAACUGACAUUUCUAACGUCAAGAAUCUUAUCAUUUGGGGAAAUCAUUCUGCAACUCAAUAUCCCGACGCUGCCAAUGGAACAGCAAAUGGCAAACCAGUCACUGAUCUUGUCGAAGCAUCGUAUUUGCAAAGUGACUUUGUCACAACUGUUCAGAAACGUGGUGCUGCUGUCAUUGCUGCAAGAAAAAUGAGCUCAGCUAUGAGUGCAGCAAAAGCUGCUGCUGAUCAUAUCAGAGAUUGGUGGCAUGGAACAGAAUCUGGAAGAUUUGUUUCGAUGGGUGUUGUAUCUGAUGGAAGUUAUGGAAUUCCUAAGGAUAUUGUCUUCUCAUUCCCUGUUGAGAUUAAAAACAAGCAAUGGAAGAUUGUCCAAGGAUUGAAGCUCGAUUCAUUUGCUCGUAGUAAAUUGGAUAUCACAACGAAAGAGCUUCUGGAAGAAAAGGAAGAAGCAAUGGCUGUUUGCAAUGGAAAUUGACUAAAUGAUGCUAAAUUGUAAUUAAACCAUCACAUGUCUUAUUUUUUAUACUUUUGUACUUCAAAUAAAUAAAUUAAAGACAAAUAUUGAAUUAUUU